AUGGCCAAAUGGUUUAAGGAUUAUCUCAGUUUCGGGAGCAGGAGGUCUCCCCCGCAGCCCCCCAAGCCAGAUUACACCGAGAGCGACAUCUUAAAGGCGUAUCGCGCCCAGAAGAGCCUAGAUUUCGAGGACCCCUACGAGGACGGGGAAGGCAAAGCCGAUCCAGAUCCCGGGGGCUCGCCGAACAAGGGGGGCGGCUGCAGUGGCAACCUGGAGGGAAAAUAUGGGUCGCCCAAGCACCGUCUCAUCAAAGUGGACGCCUCCGAUCUUAACCGGAGCAAGGCGCUCCUUGCCACGGCGGGGGAAGAGGCAGCCGUCCCAUCAGAUCAGGCUCCUGGAGAGAGUGAAUACUCCGAUCCCUUUGAUGCUCACCGGGAACCGAAAGGGGACGCCGAAGAGGACGCUGGUCUGGAAAACAACGGUUACAUGGAGCCCUACGAUGCCCAGAAGAUGGUGGCUGACCUCCAGCGCAAAAACGACUGGGACGAGCAGCGGGGGAAGAAAUCCCGGAUCGGGCUGCAACUUUACGACACCCCCUACGAGGAGGAGAAGGCAACCGAGGCGGAGGACCCCGAGGCCGGGAAGAGCGCCCAGAAGCCCCCCAAGAGCCGGCUGCCCCAGGAGGACGAGCGCCCGGCCGAUGAAUACGACCAGCCCUGGGAGUGGAAAAAGAACCACAUUUCCCGCGCAUUUGCUG